AUGAACGGAUGCUGCAUGAAGUUUACACGUCGCCACUUCCAGCCCCCUCGACUCCUCCCGAUCCCGACUGGGCCAGGCCGGACAGCUGGCAGAGCUCGAGGCGUGGGCGGGGCCCCGAAGAAAAGUCGCGGGUGUCCCCGGGCAGGCGCGGUUGGCCGCGGCGCCCAGCGCUCGGAGGAGGCGUCGCUGACCAUGAGCGGGGCCGAGCAGGGUCUCGUGAGCUUCGCCGAUGUGGCCGUGUACUUCUCCCCGGACGAGUGGGGACGACUGCGCCCCGCGCAAAGGGUUAUCUACAGGGACGUCAUGUGGGAGACCUACGGCCACCUGGGCGCGCUGGGUUUCCCAGGCCCCAAACCCACCCUCAUCUCUUGGAUAGAGCAAGAGCCAGAGGUCUGGGGUCCGGAUGCCCGGGACCCCGAGGAGGAAAGGGGAGACUACACAGCCCUGGACAGCAAUGGGGAUGUCGUCAUCUACUCUAAACCAACUCUGGCCCCUCUGAACAGCCUACUCCAUUAUAGUAAGAUUAGGGCAGGGGAGAAGCCCUUUCUGUGCCCAGACUGUGGGCGUUGUUUCCAGCAAAGUGGGUCCCUGGCCAUCCACCAGCGCACACACACAGGGUUUGGAAAACCCUUCUCCUGUCCUGACUAUGGGCGCAGCUUUGCCUAUCCCUCUCUGCUCAACAGCCACCUACGGGUGCAUACAGGGGAACGACCCUAUGCCUGUACUCAUUGUGAAAAGGGAUCCCUAGUGGUCCACUAUCAGGCACACACAGGUGAUAAACCGUACCCCUGUUCUGGCUGUGGGCUUCGAUUCGCUUAUCCCUCCCUCUUGGUGAUCCAUCAGCGAACCCACACAGGUGAGAAACCAUACUCCUGCCCUGACUGCGGGCAUUGCUUUGCCUAUCCCUCGUUCCUGGUCAGUCAUCAGCAUGUGCACUCUGGGGAACAUCCCUACCCCUGUGUUCAGUGUGGAGCAUGCUUUGCCCGCCGGGAGAAUCUUGUCCAGCACCAGCUCAUUCACAUGGGUGAGAAGUCCUAUUCUUGUCCUAAUUGUGGGCGCUGCUUUCGGCAGAGCGGCUCCUUAGUUAUCCAUCGCCGUAAAUACACAGUCAGCCACCGGAGGAUUCAUUCUGAUGAGCGUCCUUUCCCCUGCACGGAGUGCGGGAAGUGUUUUAAGUGCAAGUACGCUCUUGAAGCACAUAAGUGGAUCCACCAGUCUGGCACUGAGAGGAUGCAGAAUGGGGGAACUGGGGUACAGCCUCUUCCCCAGGCUUCUGUGAAUGGGGUCCAGGAACCCCUGGUGUACUUCCGGUACUUCCCAGAUAUAUUCCAGGCAUGUGGGUGA